AUGAGCAAUUUACAAAAUAAAGUCGAGCUAACAGUAAAUUCUAAUGCUAGUGAAAGUAUUAUUAAUAACAAUAAUCCUAAUGUCUUGGAAUCCUCCAAUUCAGAUAAUAAAAUUAAGGAAAAUGCCUUAAACGCCCCAGUUCUAAAACAUAAAACCAACGGAAAACACCCGAAAGAAGAGGAAGAUUUAGUAGAACAAGACUUAUCAGAUGUAGAAGAUAACUAUAGAGAACCUUCAGUGCAAAGAUACCUGCCAGGCAUAUUCGUGGAUGUGGACCUGAAGACUAAUUUUUUGGAAAGAAAAGGGAAAAAAAUCGCAAUACCAAUGAUAGUGGAUUUCUACUCAGAAUGCCUAAAAAAAUACGGAGAAGAAAAAAAUUUCAUAUACGAAGAGUCGUAUUUAGAAAAUAUGAAAGGAAAAGUAGAAGAUUUCUACCCAGAUUUACCAAAGAUACCAAAAGGAGCUAAUGAAACUCUAAUUGACACUCAAAGUCAAACUAAUGUUGAUAAUAAGCAAGUUCCUAUGAGUUCUGAAGUCCAGAAAACAGUAAAUUUUGAUGAGAACCUAGAUGAUGUUAUAUGGCUUAAAAAUAGACCAAACGAUCCAUUACUCAGAUGUAUAAGGUCGAUAACCGACCGUCUUAAUAUACAAGGAAUUGUCGGAGAUCCAACAAGCUAUUUGAAGAAAGGAGGAGAUGAUAUGCACUAUGACAUGGAUGACCCGUUCUUUGAUGAUAGCGCAAUGCUGUCGGAAUUGAAAAUGAGCAAAAGUGAUAUUCUACUGAAGAGAGCAAUGGAAAAGGAAUUUUCAGACUGGAGUGAAGAUGAAGAAGACUCUGAUUACAACUAUGUUGAACCGGAGGAUUUCGUAGCGGACUACUAUAGCAUUUUCCAAAAAGAUAUCAAACAGCAUAAGGAAAUGGAAAGUGAAUAUAAUCUUUACUUUUAUCCGACGGGGUGGAGAGACUACCUUUCUAAGAUACCAAAAAGGUUCCAUAACAUAUAUGUUGAAUUUGAAAGUCAAAUAGAAAAUACAACGGAACCGAUUACAGAUAAAUUUUUGAGACUUAAAGUAAAGGAGUUGUUGGAGUCAAUAUACAAAAGACUACUUAAGCUAAAAAUUAUCCCCAAAACACCAAAAAGAACACGUAAAUCUAAGAAGAAUGAAACUGAAGAAGAACCUAGUGAAAACAACCAAGUAAAUAAUGAAGAAAACCCUAGUCAAACUGAGUCAAAACAAGACGAAAAUGAACCAGUAACAGUGGAAGAGGAUAAAACUGUAUCGAAACCUAAAACAAACCCAAAUGAAAUACCGAAGGAGAUUUUGAAGAAAAGAGGCCUGAACUGUAUGCUCCAUUAUGGAAUAAUUGAUGUAAACGGGAAGAUCUUGAGGUGGAUUGUCAAGUCCAUCACGUCAAUGACUAACGCAUAUUCGCCCUUCGAAAUACAUUGCGAAUGGUUCAACCUUGUAGUUGCAAAUAAUGAAAGGGUUCUGGCAGAACAAUCAAACAAGUUGAAAUCCAAACUUACAAACAAGUUGCAUUCACUAAAACCAAAAAAGUUAGAGAACUUGAUUUCUCAGCUUUCGGAGUCCUCCAAAACAUUGUCAAAAUCAAUUGGAAUAAUUAGAAAGGUGCUGAAGGAACAUAGAGAAGCGACAAUUAUUAAGACAACUCAAUGUUCAAAAGAAGUAAAGGAACCGACCCAAAGGAAGUCACUAAUCGAAAUUAGCCUCGACUCAGCCAGAGAAGAUCACGAAGAAUACAUGGGAUCAAGCCAGCCGUUACCAAAGCAAGUUCCAAAAGCCGAUGAGUUAGCAAAACCUGAAGAUGAAACCAUCCUACAAUUGGAAAAUAUACCAUUAUAUAGGGUUGAAGAUAUUAAUGUUUCAGAUGAUUUGGAUAAAAAGGAUACAUAUGAAAUUAAUUUUCAAGAAGCCAAUGUGAGAGAAGAAAACGAUGAUAUGUCGUGUGCCUCAUCAUCUAACUCUAGUACGCAAGAUAUCUCAUCCGUUUCUAGAAUUGAAGAUUAUACCAACAAUGGAACACCGUUGCCUAAAUCUGACCAACUAAUAAAUUUUAAAGAGACUGAUUUAAAGGAUAAAAAUGAGUCAAACUCAUUGAAUGAUUCAACUAUUAAGACUCCGAAGAGAUCAGGCCAGAAAGAUGAGGACCUGGACGAAAUCCUAAAACAGUCGAAGAUAAUGAAGAGGGUCAAGGACGUAUAUAACUUGUUCAAGCUUGUAGGUAACGAGGCUCUAGCAUUCGUGCAGGUGAAUAACCUGGCAAUAUACGUGGCAAAUAAAAUCAACGAUAAAGAAUUUAAACACGUCGUGGAUCACCUAGGACUGACUCAGAACCCAUUCGAUCAAACAUAUAGAAGACUGGGAGAGAUAGGAUCAAAAGUUAUACAAGAAUUGCAUAACUUAAAGGUUAAUUUACCAACCGAUGUGAUGAAAGUUGUGGUUAUAAAUCUACAAAACCAUCUCAAGGUGGAGGAAUUGUAUGAGAAGAAGAACAAGAAACCACUACUUCUGUUCAAUAACUCCAAAAUAAAGGCGAGUCCAGGGAAGGUUUAUUUGACUCCACCUAAGUCCAAAACACCUAGAAAGACACCUAAAGCUGAUAUAAGUAAAAACAUAAAGUCAGUGACCAGUGAAAAUGGUAGUUGGUCUAAAGAAGUUAAGCCUUCACCAAGGAAGAGGAAGGAUACUCAAAAUCUACAGCAUAGUCCCACACCUAUUAAGAACAAAGAAGAUGGGAAUAAAGAAAUCCAAGAACCGGAGAAGAAGAGAAAACGUACGCAAUCACAAAGUAGGGUUAACUCACUCAAGGAUUUGUUUCUUUCGAGACUUCGAUAA